AUGGCCACCUCUGGACGCCUCGGCUUCACGGUGCGCAGCCUCCUGAAUUUACCUGAACAGGACGCGCAGCCAAGGGUGAGGCGGGAGCAACAGACGUGCGGUCCUCAGACCGCCGCCUGGCUGGAGUCGGAGCGCGGCCACUAUCCGUCCUCGGAUGAGAGCGGCCUGGAGACCAGCCCUGCAGACUCGUCGCAGCUGCCUUCCCUCGUGCGAGCGUCCGCCGGCUCCGACGCAGAGAAGAGGAGGAAGCGGCGGGUGCUGUUCACCAAGGCCCAGACCUUGGAGUUGGAGCGGCGUUUUCGGCAGCAGCGCUACCUUUCGGCGCCCGAGAGGGAACAGCUGGCUCGACUUCUGCGCCUCACGCCCACGCAGGUCAAGAUCUGGUUCCAGAACCACCGCUACAAGUUGAAGCGUGGGCGAGCGCCAGGGGUCACAGAGUCUUCGGAAAUGGCAGCAUCAGCUGAUCUGCACGCUGCUCCUGGUCUGCUUCGCCGCGUAAUGGUACCCGUGCUGAUUCACGACAGGCCACCGUGCAAUGGCAGGGGUGAGGGGACCGCUGCGGUGCCCCAGGACAAGUGCAGCGCACGCCCGGCCACUGCAUGCCCAGUGCCGGGCUACACCGCCUUCGGCCCGGGCUCGGCGCUAGGCCUCUUCCCUGCCUACCAGCACUUAGCACCACCAGCUCUGGUCUCCUGGAACUGGUGA